AAGGGUCCGGCCAAGGUGUCGCUCAGCUCCACCCUCCCCUUCUGCCGGCAGAAAUAUAGCAGCAGCUCGCAUUCGAUAUCUCGCGUCGCGCGCCUUUGCCGCGCCUCCGAAAGCCCCAUUGUUCGAGCCCGGCGUGUCCGGCGGACUGUAAGGUCUCGUUAGAGUUCGUUGCCAUGAGCUGUGGCCGUUCUCCACCCGGUACCUCCGGAUCCAAGUCACGGCCAUCCGUCCAAGCUAAGAAGAGUUGCACACCUUGCAGGAUCCAUAGAGUCAAGUGUGAUGAGACAAGGCCAGCUUGUCGACGGUGUAGCAUUACAGGCAAGGUCUGCGAUGGCUACGGCGGUGAGGGUGGCGGUCCAGCGGCCCGCAGACCCUCACUGCCACUUCUCCAGACCUCAUCGGCAUCUCCAUCACGUUGCGACACACAUGCAGGCUUAGCAGAGCUGAGCUGUACAGAUAAACUUCACUUCGAGUGGUUCGUUAGCCGGACCACGAACCAACUGCCUGGCGUCUUCAACUCGUCGUUCUGGAAGACCUUGGUGCUUCAGGCCAGCUCGACCGAGCCUGCUAUCCUCUAUGCUAUCCUCGCCCUGGGUGCGGCCCACGAGGCAUCAAAUAUCGACGCAUGCAUCGUCAAACGGGAGCCGUCAAGUCCCGAGACAGCGGAUCAACAGGAACACCUCAGCCUGCAGUAUUACAACAAGUCCAUUUACCACCUUCAGAAGCAUCUACGCACGCCAAGCACAGAAUCAAUACGCGUCGUUCUAGUUGUCUGCACGGUCUACAUAUGCAUGGAGUUCAUGCAAAAGCGAUACAAGACGGGAUUCCUUCACUUCAGACACAGUCUUCAGCUUCUGGGAACCUUGUUGAGAUCUUCUGCUCCUACAUCAUCAUGCGACCCAGCAGAUGACUGGUUCGUUGAUGUCAUACCUCGACUAGAUAUCCAAGCGACUCUUCUUACGAACGAGUUUUACCAAGGUGCCGGCACUAAACACACCUCAUCCAUAUGGCCGCCAAUGCCCCAGCUGUUUCAAUCAGUUCGGGACGCUAGCCAAAGCCUCGACGGCCUCUUGUUCAGAGCGUACCAAUUACAAAAAGACGGUGCCGCAGCUGGACCAGCAGAAGAUGCAGCCGACAUCUUUGAGCUGCUCGCUACACAGCAGACCCUUCGGAACGAGCUAGAAUCGUGGAUACAAGCCUUUGACAUCUUCAAAGCCAGGACAUGGAACUUUGUAACAGAUCGAGAGAGGCUCGCCUACGGACCGCUGCCGAUUUAUCACACCAUGGCAUACAUCAUCACCAACACUUCUCUCAAUCCUGGAAAUGAGCUUAUCUUUGACCUAUACACGAGUCACUUUGCGUCGGUUGUAGCUUCGGCGAGGCAGCUCCUUGAGGCGACAUCAUCUGCAAACAUGCCGACGCCUGCUGCUGAAUCGUCCCCAGAGGAUUUUACGCAUCAAAAUGAGCACGUCUCAGACACGGGCUUGGUUCCGCCGUUAUUCUUCACAGCUGUCAAAUGUCGCGUGCCCAGGAUCAGGCGUCAGGCAUUGGAACUUCUUCUAGCAUCUCAACGGCAGGAAGGAAUCUGGGAUGCGAUAUUAUCCGCGCGGAUAGCAAAAGAAGUGAUGGUUCUUGAAGAGCGGGGUCUCUAUGAAGGCGAUGUUGACGAGAAGAGGGCUUCUCCAGAUUUUGUGAUUCCGGUUCUGCCGGGGCCGCCCAGGAUACACAAACUUUGGAUCGAGGUGCCGGAGGAGCCACGCGGAGACAUCCUGCUCAGCAUUCAGAGGAUCUUCCCAGAGGGCAAACGGGAGACCCUGGGAAGGAGGUUUCACGCAGAACAUGAUUAUUGGACUUCUGUUCCUGUAACACUACGCGUCGCUAAGGUCACUGAGCAGGCCAAGUAGGGAAGGCCGUGCUCAGAAGCGGUCUGGAG